UCGGGAUCGCAGUGACAGACAUACAGUCAUUGGUCCGCACCUAACCAAUCUGGCAUGUAGCUGGAAGGUAUAGUCUUCCGAGAAGUAGUGGUAGAAAAUGCACAUAUAUCCGUCGUAAAUGUUAUUGCCAUAGAGGUAUUUGCCAAGGCAACGAAGAUAAUCUUUUUUCUGGGAACAAUGGUGAAAUACUUUGCUUGCGUGGGGCUUCUGAGAAGUUCUUGGGACCAAGUCUGCAUGGCUUUCUGGCAGCGAUACCCCAAUCCCUACAGUAACCAUGUUCUGACGGAGGACAUCAUUUUCCGGGAGGUAACCCAUGGUAACUGUCUGGUCUCACGACGACUGCUGACCAAAACAAACCGUGCCCCUCGCUGGAUGGAGAAGUACCUACCUGUUACUAUGGCGAGACUAGCUUACAUCAUUGAGGAUUCCAUUGUGGAUCCCCAGGCCCGAACAAUGACCACGCUCACAUGGAACAUCAGCCACGCACGCAUGAUGUCGGUUGAGGAGCGUUGUGAGUACAGAAUGAACCCUGAUAACCCUAGCUGGACGGAGAUUAACAGGGAAGCUUGGAUCUCAUCCAACCUUUAUGGGCUCUCCAGAGCUGUACAGGAGUUUGGAUUGGCCCGUUUCAAGACCAGUGUUACAAAGACCAUGAAAGGUUUUGAAUAUGUCCUGGCCAAAAUGCAAGGUGAGACCCCAUCCAGGACACUGGCGGAGCAUGCCACAGAUAGGGCCAGGGAGACUGCACUGGCAGCUAAAGAGAAGGCCAAAGACCUGGCCUCACAGGCUCAGAAGAAACAGCAGUUUGUCUGAUCUAGCGCUGGUACUGACGGAACGUUUAUUUCCUACCCUAUUCCCCAAGGGCCUUGUCCAAAGUACUGUCCUAUAAAGGAAUUAGGGUAUAAUUCAGCACAUGUAUUGUUUCAAAUACUAUAAAAUAAUGUUUGAUUCUAGAGCUGGGAUUGGUUGAGAUUGUCUUGCGCAAGCGAUAGAAAAUGGCUUUGGGUCGGAUCUUAACAACACCCCGAAAUGUUCACAUGCAGGUCGUCUGUGGUGUAGCGAUAAUAAUUAUAUACCAUUUAGGAGACCCUUUAAAGUGAAGCCUUUGGAUCCCCGCAGUCCAAAGGGGAUCCAAGCACCAUGCUUCACCAAACGAGCUGCACAAGAUCUCAGCCUAGCCUGUCUUUCACAUGCAAGAGACUGGGUCAUGCCUCCACAAAGGACUAAGGGGUUCCAGUUAUGUUUACACCUGGCUGGUUUAGCGACAUACAUGAAUAGUUUCAGUUCCAAUACUACAUUCCUACUGAAGCUACGGCCUAGCAAGUCAGAUCUUCCACUGGUACGUGGUCUGGGGUCCAGUUGGCAUGUUCUCCACUAAUGAUUAAGAUUAGGAUUUGAGGUAGUGCCACCGCUCCCUACCAUUUCCUCCUUUUAAGGGUCUGUGUCCCAACCACACCAUUUUCCCUAUAUAGCACCCUCUUCAGGUAUGUUUUAACUUAGACUAAUUGUCCCUUGACCAAAGUAGUGCACUACAUUGUGACGUGGGUGCUAUUUGGGAUGCAGGCCCCGUCUGUGCCCAUUUGUGUGGUCUUUUAACCUCCUGUGUCUUUUCUAAGUCUUUUUCAUUACAGUCAACAAGGUUUCCGAAAGUAUUCACCCCGCCUGUGAUUCCUUUGCUAGGUCUAGUGGUUCUCGGUAGAGGAUGACGUUUUACAUGUUGAUUUACUUUUGUCUCGGGCUUGUUUGUUCAUCGCUUAAUCAAAUGUUUUGUUUCUGCUAGCGAGACCAUUUUCUAACCUAAAUCAGCUAAAUCUAAAAUAUAAUGUACACUUAAUCUUGUUUCAUCACACUGGCAUUUUAUAUUUGAUUUAUAAUAUUUCAUUGCUUCAAAUUGAAGUUAUUACCAGAGUGAGGAGUCCGUUAUUUGCAGUCGUUGUUUGAAAGAGAUUGUUCUGGACUAGAGCCCUGGUCAAUUUUCUUGCCAUUGGGAAAAAACAGGAUUUCUGUGGAUAUUAGUGUUUGUAUGUAUGUUUGAAGAAAUGUAAUUUAAGUCAAAUCAAACCUUUAAGCUAAAAUGCUACAUUUUACUUUAACAGUCAGUACAAAUUAUGAAUGUGAUUUUUGAGCAGCAGUACCGGCUUGUUGAUGAAGAUCAAUAAAUAUUUUCUACUGGA